AUGCUGGCUCGAGUCCUAAUUCCAGCAGAAAGCAGUGGCUUGGGCCCUUGCAGAUAUUUGGGCUAUGGAGGCAGUCCCGGACGCGCUCUAGAUGUCGCCAAGGUGGUGCUGCAACGGCUGCCCAAGGCGUCUCUGCUCGAGGUUCACUGCCCUGCUCGUGAGGCUCCUGCUCUGCAGCGCCUGGCUUCGGAGGAGCCUCGACUCCGACUCCCGUCUGUUGAUGCCCAGGGCAAAGGCAGAACAGACUCCGCCGCACCGAGGUUUUUGCACAGCCUCGUCACCAGUGCAGAGGAGGAGUGCCAACUUCCUCUGCGGGGAGUCCUGUUGGACCUGCGGGGCCUAGUGUUGCCGAGUUGGUCUGCCGCAUGGCUGCGCAAAGCAACGCAGCAGGAGCUUGCCAAACUCUUCCAACAGCACGGAGAGCAAGAGGACGACUUGCUGUGGGCACGGUUCGCGCAGGUGUUGGAAGUGCAGAAGCAGGUGUGCGGAUUGCAGGCUAACUCGGACAUUGCAGGCCUCUUCCGCCGUGUCGCAGAGUUGCUCAAAGAUCCCGCCGGGCCGGCGGCGGACGGGGCGCUGAACGCGCUGCGAGCUGCCCUCCGGAAGGAGCAGGCAGUCGUGCAAGAUGGACUGCGAGUGGUGUUAGAUCACUUGGAGGUCGGGGCUCGAUGCAUCUUGCUGUCGGACCGCAGGGACUUUUGCAUCGGCAUCCGACGGUUUUUGCGAGAAAACGAGGAUGUCGACGAAGAUCUUGUUGCGGACUGGAGACCACACAAGGUGGCGUCCCUCUUUCCGCUGAGCCAGAAUGCAGAGCAGCCAUGGUGUGUGGCAGAGGUCACACAUUCGGCGGUGAAUCCAAUGUCAGCUGCUGCGAAUCUUGCUGCCAAGGAGGUCUUCGUGAUAGAAAAGCGGCUGCGAAGUUCGCAGCCGCGUGAGCCAGUGGAAGGCUCAUGCCUCGUGCUUCAAGAGCAUCUGGCUGUCAGAUGUCCUUUUGCAGUCACGUCUGUGCUAGGGCUGUCGGGAGCCUGA